AGGUCUUUGCAUUCACCUGCCAAGUCGAAGGAGGAAAGGGCAGCUCCUCUCCACUUACCCGUUAAGAGUCUACCAAGCGUCACAAGUUCAUCAUGAUUCAUGGACCUGUCAACGUGUCUGGGGCUCUGCCUUACAGGGACGGUGGAGUAUCUUUUGGUUACCCUGAAGGGUACUCACUCAUGGACUUGGUUCCUGAUGACGUGAAGCCCUUGAUCCAUCCUCACUGGAGCAGCUUUCCUCCCGUCAACCCCAUGUGGCACUACUUGCUGGCCGUCAUCUUCAUCAUCCUUGGCUUUCUCUCCUUCUUCGGUAACGGCAUGGUCAUGUAUCUGUUCUCGUGCAAGAAGAGUCUCCGCUCGCCCGCCAACAUGUUCGUAGUCAACUUGGCUUUCAGUGACUUCAUGAUGAUGGCGUCACAGUUCCCCAUGUACGUAAUGAACUGCUUCGGUGGCGGCUACUGGACCCUUGGCGCCUUUGCCUGCCAGGUACACGCCUUCACAGGGGCAAUCUUUGGACUCAACUCCCUCCUGACACUGGCAGCCAUCGGCUACGAUCGCUACUGCGUCAUCGUGAAGGCCUUCGACGGUGGUCAUAUUACUUCCGGUAAGGCAUUCGUAAUCAUUUUGUUCUGCUGGGCAUACGCCACCGCUGUGUCUAUCCCGCCAUUCUUCGGUUGGAACGCCUACAUUCCUGAGGGCAUCCUCACUUCCUGUAGUUUCGACUACAUCAGCCGAGACUGGGGCACCAGGUCCUUCGGCAUCUUCCUGUUCGUGGUGUGCUACUGCAUCCCUCUCCUCAUCAUCACCUUCGUCUACUCCCAGAUAGUGGGUGCCAUUCGUGCCCACGAGAGAGCUCUCCGCGAACAGGCCAAAAAAAUGAAUGUGGAGAACCUUCGCUCCAACGCAGACCAGAAUAAACAGAGUGCCGAGGUGCGCAUCGCCAAGGUGGCCGUGAACAACGUGUUCCUGUGGCUACUCACCUGGACUCCCUACGCCGCCGUUGUCUUGCUGGGUUUGUUUGGCGACCAAAACAAGCUGACGCCUCUCGUGUCAGCCUUACCGGGACUCAUGGCCAAAACAGCAUCCGUGUACAACCCUAUGAUGUUCGCCAUCUCGCAUCCCAAGUUCCGCCUUGCACUGAUGGAGGUGUGGCCCUGGUUCUGCGUUCACGAGAGAAAGGACGACGACUCAAAGUCCACGAAGACUGAAUCUGAAGGUGGCAAGUGAGAAGAACGUUGGUAACUUGCAACAGUUGGCAACACAUUGAUCAUCUUGAGGCGCCGCGAUUUGGGCGUCAUCAAGAAUGUUCCUGAACCACAACUUCGAAAACGACGACGACGAGUGUAAUACGAUUUUUGCUGUACAGUUUUAGGUUGCAGCUGCUUUGAGCAACGCACAGUAUGUUAUAACUUAUCCUCCUCAUUUGGCCCCUGACCUUUGUGGUGUCGAACGACUCUUUAGCGACUAUUAAUAAUAAUGAGCAAGUUUA